AUUUGUACUUCCGGACCCUGACUAUACAACUCAACGGGAAGGGGAAGUUUUUGGAGUAGGGUGGACUUUAACAGUAUUCUCUGAAUCACGAAGAACCGUAGUCUGUCAUUUAGGUUUAUUUUCAUAUUUGAUUUAGAGCGAUACUUCUUUAUAUUUUGUACACAGAACACGGAAAUGGGAGAUUUGCAUGACGGGUCUCCGGUUCCUGCCUUCGAGAAAGACCCACUAGAAAUGGGGGUUGAAGAUGUUUAUGACAUUUCAUACGUCAUUGGCAAGGACUUAUUAAAAAUAAACAGAGGUGGUCAGGAGGUUUCAGAUUUACAAUUCAAAAUUGUCCGGGUGUUGGAAAUGUUUGAAAUAAUGGUAAGCAAAUAUAACCUGGCGCUCGAGGAGCUCAGAAUGGAGCGGGACAACCUGAAAGGAGAACUGGACAGAGUUGUUGCAGGUUCGCAUGACAACGGUAACAAUAUUAUUGGGCCUGACAAGCUGGUGAUAGAUUUGAAGGACCCAAACCGACCACGAUUCACAAUGCAGGAGUUAAAGGAGGUUCUACAGGAGAGGAACCAGCUUAAAGCACAGCUAUUGGUGGCCCAAGAAGAGUUGCAACUCUAUAAAAGUGGUGCUUUACCUCAGCCAGUACCAAACAUGGUGGAAGUAGAUCUGGGGACUGCUUCAUUGGACUCCCCAUUUUCUGUUCCUACAAAGGAGAAUCAAGAACAACACAAAGAGGAGAGGACUACUAUUCAAAAACUGUUCUCAUUUAGAAGAAAAUGACAACAGCACCUCACUUGCCUCUGGGGAUCUGAAGCAUAUUUUGAAGGACGCUGGCAUCUUCUGUAUAUUCAGCCGCAUGGUGUCUUAAUCAAUUUGACAAUAUGUUGAACUUGUGAAAAAUCAUCCUGUUAUUUUACAAGAAUUUAUUUUCCUUUAAAAUACUAUAUUCUCACUAUGUUUCAUCACUUACUGUUGCUUCACAUUCAUUUUGUUAAUUGACACCUUAUCAAACGAUGUUGGCUUUAAAAAAAGAAAUCAAAAAGGGACUUCUAAGUGGGGAGCAUUUUCCCUGUUAGGAGAGCUCAAAUUUAAAUACCAAUGAUGCCACACGAUUGCUGUGAACAGUGGCUGGGAGCUAAGGGAGUAAAAUUGGAUGUUAUCACUGCUAGGGAUGAUGUACUUUCCUGUCAAUCACAGUGGUACGAAGUAAUUGUAGGCAUCUGUGAGCUUAUGUAUGCAGAAGAGGGGAAAGUAGUACAAGUGUUAUCCUGCCCUGCAAUGCAGUAUCAGCAUUAGUUGGAAAAAGAGUGGUUAGAGCAUUGUUAGGCUUCACCCUCCCAGUUGGUAGCUGUUUUUUGAUAGGGGAGUUGAUUAGUUGAUGGGUAGAAAUUGGCAGGUGUCCAAAUUGCGACAAAAGGGGUGGGGAGGGAGGUCUGGAAAAAUUAUCCACACAGGAUACUCAAGGACUAAUACUUGCUUGUACAGUUUUUGUUUUUUUUGUACAGGUAUCUUGCGGCACUAUUCAAAAUUAAAAAUUUGAUGUUUUGAAA